GAGGGAUCAGCGGGGCGGCCCGGAGCGGCAGGCGACAGGGUUGUUGACCGGGACCCCGGUGAGCGCGAUUUCUGGUAUUCCGUGCUUCCCGCCGAGACCGGUACCAGUCCGUCCAUCAGGAACACGGAGAGCGGGGUCUAUCAUGGGGCUUUGCAAGUGCCCCAAGAGAAAGGUCACCAACCUAUUCUGCUUCGAACACCGAGUCAACGUCUGCGAGCACUGCCUGGUGGUCAACCACGCCAAGUGCGUCGUCCAGUCCUACCUACAGUGGCUCCAGGAUAGCGACUACAACCCCAACUGCCAGCUGUGCGGCGCGCCCCUGGCCAGCCGGGAGACCGCCCGUCUGGUGUGCUAUGAUCUCUUCCAUUGGGCCUGCCUCAAUGAACGUGCUGAGCAGCUGCCCCCAAACACAGCACCCGCAGGCUACCAAUGCCCGAGCUGCAGCGGCCCCAUCUUUCCCCCAGCCAACCUGGCCGGCCCCGUGGCCUCUGCGCUCAGGGAGAAGCUGGCUACGGUCAACUGGGCCCGGGCGGGCCUGGGCCUCCCUCUGAUUGAGCAAGUGGCGAGCCCAGAGUUGGGGCCUCUCGGCACCUCAGACUUCUCCUCAGACUGGUCCAGCUUCAGCGCCACCGAUCCCCCCAGAACGGAGGAGGUAGACAGCGUUUCUGCCGCACAGGCCUUCUACAGCCAGCCGCCGCCACCGCGGCCGCCCGCCUCCCCCAGCAGGCCCGAGCCUCACACUGUCAUCCACGUGGGCAGCCUCGAGCUUGCGGCUCAUGCUCCCAGGAAGGUAUAUGACACUCGGGAUGAUAACCAGGCACCAGGCCUCCAUAGGGACUGUGAUGAUGACAAGUACCGUCGCCGACCGGCCCUGGGCUGGCUGGCCCAGCUGCUCAGGAGUAGGGCUGGGUCUCGCAAACGACCCCUGAGCCUGCUUCAGCGAGCGGGGCUGCUGCUGCUGCUGGGCCUGUUGGGCUUUCUGUCCCUGCUCGCCCUCAUGUCUCGUCUGGGCCGGGCCGCGGCCGACAGUGAUCCCAACCUGGACCCGCUCAUGAACCCCCACAUCCGCGUGGGGCCCUCCUGAGCCCUAGCCUGCGGCCAGGCCAGCCUAGGUCCCCUCCCAGGAGGAGAAGGGAGGGGAGGAGGCUUGGAGCCUUUUACCUGCUCCUCUCCCUCCAGUGUGAGACACUAAGACCCCAGGCCCUGGGACCGCGUGCAUCAUGGUGGCUGGAAGCUGAGCCUGGGGUCCUACGUGCAGGUCAAGCCAUUGUCUUCACCUGCUUUGCUUUCCCCAUGGGGUUUCACCUCCCUCCACCUCUCACCCUGCAAAGGAGCUGACAGGUGGAAAUAAACCACAGACUUUAUUA